AUGGCGUCUCAUCGGCCGCAAGCUUCUGACGAAACAAGCUUUCAUGGCACGACAGCCGCCGAAUCUCGACCUUUGCGAGCUCUUUCUCUCGAUGGCGGUGGUGUACGAGGGCUGUCAUCUCUCCUCAUUCUCCGGCGCAUCAUGCACAACGUCAAACCGAGUGACAGUCUGUACGAUAUUGCCAAACCGUGUGAAUAUUUCGAUAUGAUAUGCGGCACCAGCACUGGAGGUCUCAUCGCUAUCAUGUUAGGGAGGCUCCAAAUGGGAGUACAAGAAGCCAUCGACGCCUAUCUAGUCCUAGCCGAGAAAGUGUUCCGCGAAUCCCAUCCCUUCUCUCGCGUAAUGGGGGCCCGUACGCUAGGAGCUCUGCUAGGGAACGCUCGAUACAGCGGAGACGCGCUCACUGAUGCGAUACAGGAGAUCGUCGAGGGCAAGACAGACAGCAAGGACACACUGUUAUUAGAUACUCGAGAGGAUGCUUGCAGGGUCUUUGUGUGUGCAACACGGACGGCGAAUACCGAGCCGGCUCUUCUGCGAUCCUAUCGCAGCAAUAGGGAGGAAGGUUGCCACGCGGCCAUUUGGGAGGCAGGGAGGGCGACUUCAGCAGCCCCGACCUUCUUCCCGCCCAUCAAAUUCGGCAAGCCCCCUGCCGAGUACGUCGACGGUGCCAUAGGGCACAACAACCCCAUACGACUACUCAUGCGCGAGGUCGAGAGCGUAUGGGGCUCUAGCGCGAAGCUUGCUUGCGUCCUCAGCAUCGGCACUGGUGUCUCAGAGCCGAAGAAGCUGGGUUCGAAGGGUCACAAGGUUCUCUUGGCCUGCAAGAAGCUGGCGACCAGCGCCGAGGCAAUCGCGCGGAGCUUCUAUAUGGAUCAGGGGGAGAAACUGCAAAGAGAAGGGAAGUACUUCCGGUUUAAUGUGUCGCACGGGCUCCAGGGCAUCAGUUUAGAGGAAUGGCAGACAUUUGAUCAGAUAGAUGCCGCCACAAGGAUGUACCUGGAGGAUGUCAACGAGGCUAUCCAAGCCUGCUGCGACCGCUUGAAGGAUCGGAGCGCGAGCUUGAACAGCCCCAGAUCACCUGUCGCCAGUCCCUUCAGCAACAGGAUAUCAUCAAACACCACUAGCCUUGGGACCUUUGACGUUCCGCACAACUCCAGCCCUUAUUUCACCGGCCGCUCAGAGUCCAUGCAGGCUAUUGAGAAACACUUCCUCCAUCGACAUCCACAUAACCCCCAGAUUGUAGUAUUGAGUGGACUUGGGGGGAUUGGCAAGACGCAGAUCGCUUUGCACUAUUUCGAACGCCACAAGAGCAGUUACUCGAGCGCCUUCUUCGUUCAGUGUAACAGCGAACAGGAGGCAAUAGCUGCCUACGUACGCUUCGCUGGUUUUGUGGUCGAUGAAGAGCUGCGCGCCACACCCACCAGUAACUCCGACGAAGUUGCGAAGAGACUGGGAUUCUCGGGCUUGCUGACUGAACGGCCUGGUCAGCUGAUGAACGAAGCCCACCGGAGAGUUGUCAACGCUGUUUGUUCAUGGCUUGGGCGACAGCAAGGGAAGUUCUUGGUUAUCCUGGAUAACGCAGACGACCCAAACGCGAUGAACCUCACCAACUUCAUCCCGCAUCACAGGAACGGGGACAUCAUCAUCACGUCCCGGGAUGCUGGCGCUAUGGCAUUUGGACAGCUGUUCAAGAUAGAGGAGAUGUCCGAAGAUGAGGCUGUCACACUUCUCGGUCAAGCGUCGCAUCUCAAGCUCGAUACGCAGGAGUUGCGGGAUGCAGCCAAGAAGAUCACCGAGGCUCUAGGUUACUUGCCUCUCGCCAUAGACCAGGCCUGCGGCUACCUGGUGACGUCUGGGUCGGACAUCCGCAACUUCCUAUCAACCUACAAGCUCCACUACAAGUCUCUGCUGUCGAGAAUUCCCAACGAUGGUAUGCUCGGUUACAAAAAAUCGGCGCUCACCACCUGGGAGAUGAGUUUUGGGCGGCUGCAGUCCGAGUCACCCCAAUCGGCAUCCCUUUUGCAGCAUCUCGGCUUCAUGCACUGCAAGGAUAUCUGCGAGCCGCUCUUUUAUCCUGCCGACGAGAUGACGAACAUGAGCUGGGGUCUUCAAGGGGAUAGCUUCAGCUUCGACGAGACCUUCGCAUUGGUGUGCAAGCUCUCGCUAAUGAGGCGGAACGAGAAGCCGCGGACGUAUGAGAUCCACAAGGUAGUCCAUCUGUGGAUCAAGGAACGCCUGGACCUGGAGCAGAGGGCUCUCUAUGCGAGAGGAGCGAUUGUAAGCGUUUCUAAGACCCUAGCUGCUCUCAAUCAAAAGAAUUCACGGUGGGUCCGGGAAACCCACCGCCGGUUGUUACCCCACGUUGAGGCGGCGUGGAAUAACGUGGAGGAAUAUACAUCUCUGAAAGACGAUGGCAUCCACACAGGAUUCAUGAACGCACUGCAAGUUGUUUCCAAUUCUUUCCGGACCCAAGGCUACUAUGAACUGGCUGAAAGAGGGUUCAUUCGGGUCUACAAGGCCAACAUUAUCAACUUCGGGACGGACGCCAACGAGACACUCCAUGCCGCGGCGGAUUUAGCCGCGAUUUACAAGCUUGGAGGCAACAUGCCGAAGGCGGAAGAGUUUUACAGGUUUGUACUGAAAGGGUUUACCAGAGUCCUGGGCUCGGACGACAUAGCCACCCUGCAGGCGCUUCACGACCUAGCUAGCGUGCUAAGAUACAGGGGCGGGUCUGACGAGGCGAUAACCUUAUAUCAGCAGGCGCUGGACGGCCGUAGGAAAAAGUGCGGGCACGAGGGCCUUGAGACCCUGGAGACUAUGGACUCACUGGCGGGCCUAUAUCAGGACCUCAAGCGGUCUGUGGACGCAGAACCUCUUCGGUUGUUCGCCCUCCAAGCAAGACAAAAAAUUCUCGGCCCCGAACACGCCGACACGCUUAGAACAGCCCUGAACAUGGGACUGUUAUAUUCCAACAUGGGGAAGCACGAGCAGGCCCUCGAGCUGUUUGACAGGGCCUAUAUGAGCAGAGUAACUCUACUUAAGUCGCAGAGCCCGAACGCGUGCAAUGCACUGUCCCUGAUAGCCGCCUUAUAUGCUAACAUUGGGCACGUGAAUAAGUCCGAAAUGCUAUAUCGCGAGGUCCUCUCAAGCCAGCAAGACGUCCUCGGGGCUCAGCAUCCUGAUACUCUCUGGACCUUGAAUCACUUAUCAGUGAUCCUCUUUUCCAAAGAGAGGUCCGAAGCCGCGAUCCAAUCCGUCGAAAAGUCGGCGACGGAUCUAGAGAGCGUGCUAGGGGUCCAUAACCUGGACACACUCUGGGUCUUCCAUAACCUGGCCAUGAUAUAUGCGUUCCUGGGUCGGUUCAAGGAGGCCGAAGAGCUUCAGGAGCUUGUAGUGGACGGGUAUCUCACCGGCCUAGGACCGGAUCAUAUCAACACGCUAUACAUGCUUAACGACCUUGGAGACUGCUAUCUACGGGCCGGGAAGUAUGACAAGGCUGAGGAGAUGAUACGGAGGGCUUUUGAGGGCAAGCGCAAGCACUUUGGCCCCCGGAGCCAGUACACGCUCUAUAGUGCAACCCUCCUCGCCUGCACUAUCAAGGAGCUGGGUCGUCGCAAGGAGGCCGAGAGGAUGUACACGCAGACCUUUGAGACGACGCUCGAGACGCUGGGUUUUGACCACUCGGCCGUGUGGUGGGUUGCGAACUACCUAGCCGAGUUCUACGUAGAGGCACAGCGCUGGCGGGAGGCCGAGAAGUUGUACGAGAGGCUGCUCGAGGUCAAGACUAAGUUCCUGGGGGAGACGCACGCGAGUACCAGUCACUCCAGGGAGCUCCUAGAGGCGACGAGGAAGCAGAUGAUGUCCCCUGAGAAUGCACCCCGCAGUGCAGUGUUGAGCAGGCCGGCUAAGAGCCUACCAUCAGAUUUUGGAUACAGGGCUAGAAAUGACAUAGUCCAAGUUCUGUUCUAA